UUCCAUGGCUAACAUCAGCUGUGAUAGCGGUUAUGCAAUACAAGGAUCCGCUACCUCUAAAUGCAACGCUUCUGGAAAGUGGAGUGACACAUGUCAGAUGUGUAUUUCAUCAAGUGCAACGGAGAUUGUACAUCGUACAUGCUUUGGCGAUUGCACUUUUGAUUUGGGCGACCUAUGCCAAUACAAAUCGGAUACUUCAUGGACGAUAAAGAAAGGGUCGUUUGAAUUCAUGAAUCGGUCCGUGAUCCGUGGUGGACUAGACGAUGAUUUCUACGCAAUCUCUAAUCCUUCAACAUCAGCGUUGUUCUCCAUGACCUCCCCAUUAUUACCAGGAGGAGCAGCGUGUCUCAGUUUUUAUUACACUCUUCCUGUUGCCACGACAACAUUUUACGUGAAGAUACGUACAGAGGACAACUCCACGAGUGAAGUGUGGAACGUGACUAAUCAUGGGAUUAGAACCUGGACUAAAGUGGAAGGCCUGGUCAUAUGGCAGAUAAAGAAAUAUUUUGUUGAGUACGUAGCACAACCUGGACUAAAUGCAUUCAUUGGCAUAGACAAUAUUCAUUUAGAGAACUUAUAUUGUGACAUCGGAUACAGCCUCAAUAUAUCUGAGGUAGACGAUUACUGUAAUACUUCUCGCACCGAAUUCCCAUCAUGUCAACUAGUUGAUUGUGGACAGAUUACCGCGCCAAAGAAUGGCAAUAUAUCUGCCCACAGCACAACAUACGGAUCAACAGCAACAUUUCAGUGCCUAGCAGGUUAUAUUCUCAACGGAAGCAGCACGUCUAAAUGUGGUAGCGAUGAUUGUGGACGUUUCCCCGCACCAAACAAUGGCAACGUAUCAGCCAACAGCACAACAUACGGAUCAGUAGCAACAGUUCGGUGCCAAGCAGGUUACAUUCUCAACGGAAGUAUCACGUCUAAAUGUAGAAGUGACGGCAAAUGGAACCUCACGGGCCAAUCCUGUAAACCAGUUGGUAAUUAUCUUAACUUCUACUUAUCGUUGGUAACUGCGUGA